CUCUUGUAUGGUUUAUUAAUUGGUUUCUUUGUUUAUAUUUUUAGGUACAUUUAUUGUGAUGAUAUCUGUUUGGAAGCAGAUUCGGUGUUGUUGACCCUCUAUGCUGCCAAAAAAUAUUUGGUUCCUCACUUGGCUCGUGCUUGUGUUGAAUACCUUGAAACAAGUAUAACUGCUCGAAAUGCCUGUGUACUCCUUAAUCAAUCAAGAUUAUUGAAGAAUGAUUUGAUGAAACAAUGUUGGGAAGUUAUUGAUGCUCAAGCUGAACUCGCCCUUUCUUCUGAGGGUUUUACCGAGAUUGACUUUUCAACCUUGGAAACUAUUUUAAAUCGAGAAACUCUCAAUGCUAAAGAAGCUUCCAUCUUUCACGCAACCCUUGACUGGGCUAAAAUGGAAUGUUCCCGACGAAAUAUUGAACCAACUCCGGAUAAUCAAAGAAAAAUAUUGGGCAAGGCAAUCUUUCUGCUUCGUAUUCCAACCAUGACUAUCGAAGAGUUUGCCAAUGGACCAGCUCAAUCUGGAUUACUUAGUCUUCAAGAAACAACUGAUAUAUUCUUGUAUUAUACUGCUCGAAACAAGCCCAUCCUAUCUUUUCCCACAAAAAAGCGCCUAGGAUUGAAGGUUCAAAUUUGUCAUCGAUUCCAGUCAUCAGCUUAUCGUAAUAACCAAUGGAGAUAUCGAGGUCGAUGUGAUUCCAUACAAUUCACUGUUGACAGACGUAUUUUUAUCGUUGGUUUCGGUUUAUAUGGGUCAUCCAAUGCCUCGGCAGAUUAUAAAGUUAAAAUGGAACUGAAGAAGAUGGGAAAAGUUCUUGCAGAAGAUCAUACUAAAUUUUUCUCUGAUGGAUCGAGUAACACUUUUCGUGUCUACUUUCAACAUCCAAUUCAAGUUGAAGCAGAAACCUUUUACACUGCAUCAGUGGUCCUUGAUGGCAAUGAGUUGAGCUUUUUUGGUCAAGACGGAUUGAAUGAAGUUACUGUUGAUAAGGUUACAUUCAAUUUUCAUGUUUCAUCAGACAGCACCAAUGGAACUAAUGUUCAUGGAGGACAAAUCCCUGAAUUGUUAUUCUAUGGA